GCGAGUUCUAACUCAUUCAUUAUUCGGUUAGGAUUGAAUAGAGAACAUUAAAUCCGGACGGAGGGAGUAACCCGGGAGAGAAAGUAGAAAAACCGUUUGCCUUCUUCUCACGGGUAAAUCUUGGAUAUCUGCUCGAAGCCAGAACUCAUGGGGGAGAAUCCAAUUUCAGGAAACAAGCAAAUGUUUUUGAUUCUCACUAAACCCUAGCAUCUAUCUACCAUUUGGGAGAGAGGUAGAGAGGGAAGGGAAGGCACUAUUAUUUGGCAAUUCUAGAUGAGUAUCAGUAUCACUUUCUUGGUCAAUUUUCGGUUUUGGUUAUUAAUCUCGACGGAACCCAAUGUUUACAAUGAAUUCUUGAAAACCCAGAAAGGAGAAGGUGUUUCUGAAAAGAGGGUAUAUUGUGGAGAGAGAUAGGAGGGGUUUGUACAGAAGUUAGUAGUAGUAUGAAGUUGCUCUCCACUGUAAUUACUGCAUGCAGACACUUUAGCUCCAAAACUCCAUCCAGAAACCCGAAAUGGACUCGCAACAAGAAGAAAAAGAGUAAGGUGGAUGACCCUAAAACCUCUGAAAGGACUAGAAUUACAUGGACUGACGAACAGUCACGAGUCUUGGAUGCAAUUUCCAGUGGCAAGUCCGUUUUCAUUACUGGAUCUGCGGGAACUGGAAAAACUCUAUUGCUACAACAUAUUAUCCGAAGACUCAAAAAGCUCCACCACCGGUCUAGGGUUUUCGUGACUGCUUCGACUGGAUUGGCAGCUUGUGCUAUUAAGGGGCGGACCCUUCACUCCUUUGCUGGCAUUGGACUUGGCGAGGACGAUCGCCAGACUUUGCUUCUUAAGGUUAUCUCCAAUAGGUGGGCUUAUAAGAGGUUGACUCAAGCUAGGGCUUUGGUGAUCGAUGAAAGCAGCAUGCUUGAUGGUGAGAUUUUGGAUACUCUUGAAUUCAUUGUGCGAGAGGUGAGAGGAGGUGAAGAGCACAAUUCUGAAAAUAAGGUGUGGGGUGGAAUACAGCUAGUUGUAAGUGGGGAUUUCUUUCAGCUACCGCCCAUUGUCAAGCGAGAGAAUCGGAAGGAAUUUGCAUUUGAAGCAGAUUGUUGGGGUUCUAGCUUUGACAUGCAAGUCGAGCUUACGAAAGUUUUCAGGCAAUCGGAGGCUAAUCUUGUCAAGUUACUUCAGAACGUCAGAAGAGGGGAGGUGGAUCGUGAAGACUUGGAUCUCCUUAAAAAGUGUUGCACAGAAGCAGAACCGGAUUCAUCUGCAGUUCAACUCUACCCGAGGAAUCAAGAUGUUAAUAGAGUGAACAAGAAGAAAAUGGAGGACCUAAAGAAGCCUACUUAUAUUUAUCAUGCCCAUGACAGUGGUGAGGAUCCUUGGUUGGGGCAACUUAACCAGGGGAUUGCCCCCGAUGAACUUCCACUUUGUGAAGGUGCGAGGGUGAUGCUCUGUAAGAAUUUAAGCACUCGGCAUACAUUGGUGAAUGGUGCUACGGGUACAGUUACAAAGUUUCAGUAUGAUGAUGCAGGUGUUUCAGACUUGUGGAAGACAGAGGAGCGACCCAUGGUGCCAAUGGUUAGAUUUGAUUCGGGGCUGGAGGUGGUUAUUAGACCAGAGGCUUGGGUAAUAGUGGAGGGAGGUAAGGUGGUUGCCUCGCGAAAGCAGUUGCCUCUGAUACUGGCAUGGGCUUUGAGCAUUCACAAGUGCCAGGGCAUGACCCUUGAUAGCCUUCACACUAAUUUGUCUAGAGCUUUUGGCUUUGGAAUGGUCUACGUUGCACUUUCUCGCAUUCGAACGUUGGCUGGCCUUCAUUUGUCUGGAUUCAAGCCCUCAAAGAUUAAGGCGCACCCUAAAGUUCUUGAGUUCUAUCAGAGAUUUUCUCAAAAGCAAGAUAAGGGAGGAGAGGAUGGUGGUGUCUGUGAGGAUAGAAGUGGCAGCAGUGAUGUAGUAUGUGUUUCAAACAAGACAACCGGUAAAGACGACGACAUAAAUUCAAGCCUCAUCUUUCGCUGUAAGCCCAACUCAUCCCUAGUGAUUUGGUGUAACAGUAUAACCAAGAGCAGAGAACGAGGGGUGACUACUUGUUAAGUUAUAUGCGCUCCAAUUGGUUGAAGCAUUGUUGGUGAAGUUUGAAGAGUGUUUUUGGUGGCAAGAUGAAUUGCCUUAAGCUAACCUGGAAAAAAGUCAAGAUUUGAUGUUUUUCCUUGGUAUAUAGGAUGUUAAUCUCCUAAUCUUGCCUCUAACGUCUGUUUAUUCAUCUCUAUUUUUCGUGGUA